AUGUUGGGGAGCAGGAAGGAUACGAGGGGUCGCUUGAAGAGGAGCGAGUCGACGCGAUACUCCGCCAUCAAUCCACUAGCCAAGAAGGACUUCAAGAAUACAUCCUUCUUCGUCAGAUUCUACGGCAUCGUCGUGCUGCUUCUCGUGAGUGCUGGGCUCUUGGGUCUCACAAUAUGGCUUCACAAGAGACUGCCCGACGGAGCCAAGUCCCAGUUCAAACUCCCCUUUACGAAACGAGAUCUCGACUCGUCCCUCGACUUCUCUAAACGUCCCCGGGGCACAGAUGGUCUAGCAACAGGUGUCCAGCAGCGCGAGAUUCGGCCCACGGCGACUGUCCACCGAUAUGUCAACAUCCACGUCCGGCAGGAUGUUCCCAGCCCCUCUGCUUCUGGAAAUUCAUCCUCGCCCGCAAACCCAUGGGUGCAGCCGGCGCUGACUUUCUUGGUGAAUCAAACCCUGCCGACCUUCAACCUGAACGAUACGUGGCUUGCUACUACUACGACCACCGCGCAACCUGGAUCAGGAGGUCUAGGGGAAAUCUUCAUCCCGCCGCUGAUUGCGGCUCCUCCCCCGACGUUGACGGCAGCACCGGCAGUGCCCGAUUGCCCAACUCCGGUCUGCGUUCCCUUUGUCCCGGGGCUGACGUUGGAUCCCAACUUCCCAUGGUUCAAUAUACCUCCGGGGGCCGAUACCUUCAUCAGUGACACAGAGCCAGAAACCUCCAUCAACAUCCGCAAGAGGGACCAGAAAAAUCAACGAAGACAAGGGCAAGCGUGCUACUGCCCGACUUCUACAACGAGCUCGGCGAAACUACCGAUCUAUACGUUUCCAUCCGGGUUGAUCAACCCGUUCCCCGCAGACGCUCUCUGCCUUGACGGUGAGAUCUUCGAGUACGACUACAUCUACGACGUCAACGUCUACCACACCUUCCACCACACCGGAAACAUCUACAACACCGACCACAUCCACUACUCCCACGACCUCCACAACUCCAAUAACAUCUUCCUCUACGCCAAUCACGACGAUACCGUCCUCCUCCACCACAGCAACGGAAUCGAAUCCACGUCGGAGUCCGCAUCCACUUCCGAGUCAACCUCGGAUCCCCCUUCGUCAUCGACCGAGGUGUCUAGCUCCAUGGCGGAGUCUAGUUCUGAAAGCCCGUCGGUUUCGACGUCCGCUAGUGAGUCUCUAACCAGUUCAGACUCGAGUAGCAGUACCACUACUACGUCGGAGAGCACUAGUGAGCCGAGCAGUGAAUCAACCACGGAGUCUUCAUCACAGACGGUCUCUUCGCUGGUGUCGCCAAGUUCUAACGGCAGCACUUCGGCCUCUCAGUCUUCCGUCGUUUCUUCUCCGUCGUCAAGCGCUUCGGCAUCAGUCUCGACUUCAACUUCUGUCUCACAGUCGGCAUCUACCUCAAACUCACCGUCUGCCUCCAUUUCAGACUCACAGACCGUUUCCGCCUCUCAAUCAGCCUCCGCCUCAGAUUCUCAGUCUCUCUCCAGCCAGCCGUCGAAUUCCGUCCCUACACAGACUCCACAAUCCCAAACGCAAGCGACAAGCCAGUCAGACUCGCAGCCGACGGUCACCCCGACUAGCGAUUCUCAGCCAGUCACUCUCCUUCUCCAGAGCGAUUCCGACGCGAACUCAGCCUCCGCCUCCGCCUCUUUCUCGGCAACAGUAUCGGAUAUCAGUGCCUCUGACUCUGCCACUCCGACGCCGUCGGCAAGCCCAGAGCAAUCGACUGUUGCAUCACAGACACCAACAACCGCUCCACCAUCAAGCUCUUCAAAUUCCGCAUCCAACUCGGCCACUAGCGCAACAGAGAGUGACACCUCCACCGAUACAAGUGAGGAAGCGACAGCAACGGCCACCGAGUCGUCCACUGGAGCAGGCGGUGGUGGCGGUGGAGGACCGAAGCCCUCUGGCGAUGCCGAACCCGUGAUCGUCGUCUCCUGGCCCGUAGACCGUUCUGUGCUCGCAAACCACGCGCCCCUCAUCGUGGCUCGAGUCUUUACCUCCUUUGUGGCCGCCGCUUACCGCGAUUUCGGCUCCUUUGAGCCCGUUCGUCAGUUGUUCUCCGAUGAUGGGGCCUCGGGUCCUUCUCUAGCGGGAGCGGGCGUAACUAUCAUUCCGAUCGUCUUGUCUGGUUUUGUCGCAGAGGUUGGCAGUGGCUUUGCGGCGGAGGCCGUGUUUCUGGACACGCACUACUGCGAUGAGCCCAUGUUUGGCGAUUCUCUUAAUCCCUGCUGGCCACCGAGGGUCAGUAGCAAUGGGUGGGCGUUGACGGUGUUGACUACAUCGUUGGCUGUCGUGGUCGUAUCGCUCGUCUACGUCGUUGCGCUAUGGCUAAGGACGCCCCAGAGCGUGACCAUGAAGGCGACAUCUUCUAUUGCCGCCGUCGCAAGCGUUAUGGGCCAUCCCGAAGUAGAAAGGGACUUUUCAAAUGUACCAUCCGAGCUCUCCAAUAAGGGACUCAUCGCCCGCCUCAAAGAUAAAAAGUACACGAUGGGCAACUUUUCCGUUGAAGAGCUCGGAACCCGCUUCGGCAUCAUGCCACUGAUCCUCAACCUCCAAGACAACAAGAAGAAGCGCAGAUCCGUCGUUGAGCGUGUCGGAGACAACUGGACAAAGCUAAUCUCGUCAGGAAAGGAAGAGCAAACGCACUCCGACUGGAUGAAGAAGCGCGAAUACCUCGACUAUGGCUUCGCCGCCAUCUUCUUCGCGCUCCUAGGCCUAUCCAUCGCAGCAGUUGCCUACGUAGAUGACCCGCGUCGCAUAUUCCGGUACACCACGCGCGAGUGGACCAUCGGCAUCCGGAUCACCUUCGCCCUCCUCGCCAUCGCAGUGGCGAAGUAUUGGUCCACGGCCUUCACCGACGUGCAAAACCUAGCGCACUACGCGCGUCUCCACGAAACCCCCUCCGACGCGCGGGACACCAUCAACAAGAAGUCCUACGCCCUUCCUAUCGUGGCCUUCUUCCCCCUAGUGCGCAUGGGCUACAUAGUCCCCGCCGCCGUGGCCCUCACAGCUCUCAUGAGCGAAUUCCUCGUUAUCUCUCUCGCGGGCCUCCCCUACCGCCCCGGCCAGCUCCGCACCGAGUACCUCGUCUGCGGCGUCAUCUCCAUAGCAAUGCUCCUAGUCAUGCUCGUGAUGAUCUUCUUCCUGCACAGAUGGCGAAGGACGUUACCGCAUUUGCCAAGGAGGCCGGAUUCGGUGGCGGCGGUGAUGACAUACGUUGCGCAGACGAACAUGUCGAGGGAUUUCGUGGGCAUUGAGGAGAGGAAGAGGAAAGAGAGGGAGAGGGCGAUUGAGGGGUUGGGGAAGAAGUAUGGGUAUGGGAUAAGGGUGGAGGAGGAUGGGCGGAAGAGGUGGGUUGUUGAUGAGGUGGAGGUUGAGUAUGACGCGGAGAGGAGGAGGAUGGUUGAUGAGGCGAGGUAUAGGAGGGAGGAGGGGACGAUUUGA